AUGUCCAAUAAAGUUAUUAUAACAUCUGUAAAGGUUGUGGGUGAAAGAGAAGGUUUGGUAGAUUUUUGUGGGCAAGUUAUAGUACAAACGUCUAACGAAGAUGCAAUUGUGACAAUAGAAUAUACUACUGAACCUUGGAUUACCGAUAAUAGUGUAAUUGCUAAACGAUUACAAACCCUUUCUAAUGAACAAAUCUUAUAUAAUUUUGAAUUUUCAAUCGUUAAAAUUUCUAACUUACCUUUACACCUAAAAUUCCGUGCUCGAUGUGAUAUUGCAAAUUCUAGUUUUUGGACUAAUUAUAAUUAUGAAUAUUUAUACAAUGAGGGCAUUCCUAAAGAGAUUAUUUUUCAUGAAGAAGAAUUAAAAAAGGAAUGUACUAUAUGCACAGAAGAUGUUGGCAUAAAAAUCUUUUUAAAUGUUACAGACCAAUGUAGCCACAAUAGUAAUAUAUGUAGUGAAUGCGUAAGAAAAUAUAUAAAGCACGAAAUUGAAAAUAAUAGAAAAUUUAAAAUUUCAUGCCCGGCGGCCGGAUGCGACAAAAUAUUAAGUGAGGAAAAUAUAAAGAGAUUUGCAAGUGAAGAAAUAUUCGAACGAUAUGAACAAUCCAUACUAAGUUCUGCAUCAUCGCAAAUUCCUACAUUCCAAUCAUGCCUAAACCCAAAUUGUGAAUCAGAGCGGGACCACUAUAAUGGAGACAAGGUUCCAAUAAUGACUUGUAAUUCAUGUGGACAAAAAUCGGAUAAAGAGCAUAGACAACAGGAAGAAGAAUUCAGAGGACAAGAUAAGGAACGCAGGCGAAGAGAGAAAGAUGAACAUAAACGACAGAAAGAAGAUGAAAAAAGAUUAACAAAACUUCAGAAGGAUGAAGAAAAAAGAUUAUCGAAACUUCAGAAGGAUGAAGAAAAAAGAUUAUCAAAACUUCAAAAGGAUGAAGACAAAAGAUUGUCAAAACUUCAGAAAUAUGAAGACAAAAGAUUAUCAAAACUUCAGAAGGAUGAAGGCAAAAGAUUAUCAAAACUUCAGAAGGAUGAAGAAAAAAGAUUAUCAAAACUUCAGAAGGAUGAACAAAAAACACUUCAAAAUGAGUCCGAGUCAUACGUGAAUCAACUAAAAUUAUGCCCAAAGUGUAUGAGUAAGGUUGAAAAAAAUGAUGGAGAUGGUCAUGCGACGUGUAAAAGACUUGGAUGUGGAUAUGAAUUUUGCUGGGUCUGUAUGGCUGAUUUUAAUCAAAUACGAACCCAAGGAAAUAAAGGACAUAAUACCGAUUGCA